UGAUAUAUUUAAUGACAUAUAUUCUAAUUUGCAAAGUCUUCAUUUAUCUACCGAUACUAAUGUUGCAUUGCAUCCCCUGAACAAUAACGUUAAAAAUACGGACAAAGCAUUUGACGCCGGAUUAGGUGAAAUUAUCAGUAUUAUAAUUUCUUAUGACAUGGGAUGGAGUAAGAGCCCAGCUGGCACACACUCGUCAUUUUGACGUCGAAAACUGGUCAUGUUCGGACGAAUGACGUCAGGUGACCAAAUAGGUCCGAAAAUAUGACGUCAUUUGAAUGACUACAUAAUCACGUCAUGUCUACACGUCAUAAUAACGUCCAGUGGACGUCUCUAAAACGUAUUUUGCAAACCAUAAUGAUUCCGCGCAUGCGGCAAAUGGUUGAGCUGUGCGUUUCUGUAUGGCAAUUAUCUCCGUGUAGUGCGUUGUAUUUACUAGUACUGGUCACAAUUACGUUAUAUGUUAUGGCUUAUUGUGGAAUUGAAUUUCACAACGACGAUAACGAUAACAGUGGCGAAAUAGCCAUUGUUCAUGUAAAGUGGCUUACUCCACGCAAAAAGAAUGUUCUAUGGCCGCCCUAUAAAACAAUAUCGCGUUUUAAUAAAGUUCUUUUCUACGGAGAAGAACCGAAUGAACAUACCUGGCAACUGUAUAAUAUAAAACGAAAAUUUUUUGAAUGUGAUGAUCUUCAAAAAGCUCACGCAAAGCUUAAAAAAUGUGAAACGUCAUCAGAUGUACAAUCUUAUGUAUCUGAUAUUGAACACGGCAGAAAUAGAAAAAAGAACCGUAAAUAUUUUUCCAGUAGUGACGACGAAAAUAACAAUAGCAGUAUAGAAAUAUCAGUUUUACCACGUCCACCAAAAAUUAUCAAAGAAGAAAAAGCAAUUGCAAAGCUGCUGCCAGCCCAGCACAAAAUAUUUACUAAGCAACUUUUUCUGUCGAACUUUGACAUAGUUCGAAUAAUGCAUAUACUUUCGUUAAUAUAAUAUCUACUAUUAUACGAAUCUACAUUAUUGUUCAGUAAGUGUUACAUAUAUACGUAUUGCAGUAAUAUUCCCAGUUAACAAUCUGUUAGCAGAUUGGCGACAGAUGUGAUCAGGAUCUGUCGACAGAUCUAUAAACAUCUGUGUCCGCCUUCAGAUCGUGUUCUGUCGAAAGCGUUUGCUGACAGAAUGUGACGGCAGAUUACUACAGGCUCUGCUCGUUUUCUGCCAGCAGAUCAUGUCAAAUUUUCUGUGCUCAGAUUGCCUGCCAGCAGAUCAUGUCAAAUUUUUGGCGGCAGCUUGGCAAUAUACUGAAAUAGAACAGAUCCUGUGUCAGAUUUGUUGUCUUUCUGCCAACAAACAUUUGUAACACAUAUUAUUCGAAAUCUGUUUGCGCAUGUUUGGCUAUCUGAGAUUAAUUCUCCUUUUCAUUUUAUAAUUAUCGUGUGUUGCAAUUCCAAUCUAAUAUUCUAUAUAAAUAGCAAAUAACUUUUUGUGCUUUUUAUGCUUUGUGUAUGACAUUUACUGUUAUAAACAAUUUUACAAUUGUAAUAUUAUUCUUAUUGAGACAUAAAAUAUAUUUAUUUGUGCAAGUAUAUCCAGCUGGCACACCUUCGUCAUUUUGACGUCAUAGACGUCAUUUUUACGUCAUUUUUCACGUCUAUAACGUCAAAAUGACGAGAGUGUGCCGGCUGAGAUAAUAUAAGAUACAUAAUCGUUUCUUUGCAAAUUUAGUGCAAUUACAUCGGCCUGAAGAACAGAUAUUGAAACUAUCUACUGAUUAUACUAAUGACAACC